AUGGGUGGCAGACGUGGAGGUGGAGGCGGAGGCGGUGGUGGUGGAGGCGGGGAAGGUGACAAACCAGAGGGCGGUGAUGAACAUGGCGAUAAACUAGAUGAUAAUGAUAGAGGUGACGGUCAUGACAAACCUAAAGACGGCGGAAAACCUGAUGGUUUUGGUCGUGGUGGAUAUCCUCGUGGCGGACGUAGAGGUGGCAAUGGAGGCAGACGUGGAGGUGGAGGCGGUGGUGGUGGAGGCGGGGAAGGUGACAAACCAGAGGGCGGUGAUGAACAUGCCGACAAACCAGAUGGUAAUGACAUAGGUGACGGUCAUGACAAACCUAAUAACGGCGGAAAACCUGAUGGUUUUGGUCGUGGUGGAUAUUCUCGUGACGGACGUAGAGGUGGCAGACGUGGAGGUGGAGGCGGUGGUGGUGGAGGCGGGGAAGGUGACAAACCAGAGGGCGGUGAUGAACAUGGCGACAAACCAGAUGGUGAUGACAUAGGUGACGGUCAUGACAAACCUAAAGACGGCGAGAAACCUGAUGGGUUUGGUCGUGGUGGAUAUCCUCGUGGCGGACGUAGAGGUGGCAGACGUGGAGGUGGAGGCGGUGGUGGUGGAGGCGGGGAAGGUGACAAACCAGAGGGCGGUGAUGAACAUGGUAACAAACCAGAUGGCAAUGACAUAGGUGACGGUCAUGACAAACCUAAAGACAUCGAGAAACUUGAUGGUGGUUACACUGGAUUUGGUCGUGGUGGAUAUCAUCCUAGCGGACUUAGAGGUGGCAUCGGAGGCUCCACAUUUUGA